AUGGGCUCCGGUAGGUCCAGAUUAGCUGGAACUGCUAAGGAAUUGAAAAAAGGGGCAACUAAUCGAGUUAGCUCUCCAAGACAUCCAGGACACAGAGAUCCAGAACCAACAUUCAAGCCGGAAGAGUUACUCAAGAAGGAUUCUACCUUAAAUGAAAGAUUAAAGGGUCUUAGAGCUCAAUCAAGAAAAAUUGAGAUCCAUGAAAAUUUUCCAAACGAAGAAUUGGUAAAUUUAGCAUCUAAUCGAAAGGUGCUGGUAACAACUAAAACUAUAGAUCCAUCCGCUUAUAACAACUAUACUCCCGAUGAAGUUCCGCCUGGCAAGUUAAAUAUGGAACAACUUGUUACGUUAUUUACACUAUAUCAGCAUAAAUCAAUGCCAGUUGAAGAACUUGCUGAAAAAUUUAAAAUAGAUUCUAAGGUGGCCCAAGAUUUAGUUGAUAGUUUCGCGUUAUUUUCCUCACUUCGCAAACCCGAGCAGCAACCUAAGCCUGCUAGUGAAGAAAACUGA